AUGUCCUACAGAGACGCGCACUCCUUCGAGUCUCGGCGGACACAAGCGCUCGCUAUCCGUGCAAAGCACCCGGACCGCAUCCCCGUCAUCGUGGAGAAGCGGCCGCGCGACGCGACGCUGCCGCUGAUUGACAAGAAGAAGUUCCUUGUCCCUGCCGACCUCACCGUCGGCCAGUUUGUGUACGUGAUUCGCAAGAGGAUAGCGCUCAAGCCCGAGCAGGCCAUCUUCCUCUUUGUCAUGGUCAAGGUCAAGAUCGAGAUCUGGCUCAUGGUCAAGGUCUACGUCGGGAUGCUGGCCGUCGCGCGAGGCCGGCAGGGGCGGGCCAAGGCGGCAAAGCGAGCGGCGGCGGCGGCGGAGCCUUCGUCCGCCUCGGAGGACGCCGUCGCCGAGGCCGAACUCGCGACAGUCAUGGCAUCGCUGCGUCGUUUCACCGUUGCCUCCGCCUCUUCCGAUUCCGACUUCCCUCGCACGCCGCUGGUGCCCUUGGUCCUGGGGAAUCAGCAGCCGUCCACUGGGCUCUCGACCGGCUCUUCGGGGGGCUGCUCUUCGGCAGAGGCGGCCGCUAUGCGGCGCAGUGGGGACGCUUUUCUCCGGUGGUUUGACGACUCCAACACUCGCCUGUUUGGCCAAUCGAGUGACGUGCCGCUGCCGGAGUCGUCCUGA